AUGUACGGCAGCGACGAGUUUGGCGGGGGGUUCGGCAGCGUGGGCGUCGUCGCCGCGCCGCAUCCCGGACCUUCGCCGUCCUUUAUGGUCUUUGACGCGCCGCGCGAGCGCGAGCGGCAUGCGCAAACACCGACGGAAGUGACGCACCGCCCGCUGCUGCUGCUGUUGUGGUGGUACGCGCCGGGAUAA